CCCUCUUGCGCCUGUGAUUCAUUAGUUGAAGAGCUGCAGCAGACUGUUUGGUGUCUUAUGUGUUUGUGAAGCAUUAACAACUGGUUCAAAGGAUCCGUUUCUAUAGAUAUUGCCAUCAUGAGGACAGUUUUCAUUAUUUAUUUGCUGGUCUCACUGUUACACUUUGUGUUAUGCUGUGAGGAAGAUGAAACGCAUUAUAAGAACAAAUCUGGUGAAUGCUGCAAAAAGUGUGGACCAGGUAAGAGGAUGUUGGUGGACGACAACUGUAAGGACCCGCGCUGUCAGGACUGCAAAAUCGGAGAGUAUCAGAGCGGCUACACAAGCAAUACCAGAUGCGAACGCCAGCCCAGCUGUGACACCAAUUUACAUUUAAAGCCACAAGAGGAUAAACCCAUUACAAACCGUCUAAACAAAUGCGUUUGUGAACCUGGAUACUACUGUACACUAGAUGAUGACUGCAGCGCUUGUAUGAAACACAGUGUUUGCAAGCCAGGACAGAGAGUCGCCAAAAAAGGUUCACCGGAAAGUGAUACUGUGUGUGAAACCUGUAAAAAUGGAACGUUCUCCGACCACGAUUCAGCCGACACUUGCGAGGAAUGGACAACAUGUGACUAUGGAUAUGAUCAAAACACUCCUGGCAGUUCAACUUCAGACCGCAGCUGUUUGGGUUCACCCGUUUACAGAGCUGUCACUGGCGUGGGAAUUGCAGUACUUGUGUUGGUUGUCAUCAUAGUUUUAGUUGUGUAUUUUUACAUGUCAAAAAGAAAUCAGGGGUGGAAAGAGGUAAAAGGGUUCGCCGCGGACCAAAUGGUUACGCCCUUAAACAUAAGACCGGUCCAUCGCGAGGAAGAUGUUGAGAGAGCAGACCAACCGACCAACCGACAGCCUCAGGAGGACUUAGACCACAGCGAACCCGUGAGCCCCUCGCCAAGUAACAUGACAGAAAAUGGAAAUGUUGUUGAUCAAGAACAUGGCAAGGAACAUAUCAUUUCAAGUACUGAAUCAAAUGGAUAUUCGUAUUCAUAUUCAUAGAGCAAAGUCUUGUACAGCGUACAGAAAUCUGUGCUCCCAUCAUGUUACAACCAUCAAUGUAUGCAUUACAUUAUAAAGCACUGCUUUACUCUAAACGUCCCCAAACAAGCAUGUGUCUUAUACAAUCAUACAAGUGUUUUUUCACGACUGAAACAGUAGCUCUCCUUAGCAUGAGCUUUGUGUUUUCAAACAUAUGCUGUAGAUACUACUCUGUGCAGCUGAGAGUGUUUGCCGUGUCCUGUGGUAGUUAUGAAAUAUAAUCCACUAACAUAAUAAGUCCAAAAUAGAAAGCACAU